AACGAUAAAGGUUGCUGCAACAGAAACCAAACUUUUUAAACCACAACAAACAUGGCUGUGUCACAUAAAACAAAUAAUUUAAUCAACUGUUAUCGAUGCCAUUUACCGUUUAAUUUUAAAAAUACCGCGCCAAAAAUGUUAUCGUGUAAACAUUGGUAUUGUUUCAAUUGUCUGGAACAACUAACGCACACAGCCAGAGAUAAAGAUACACAAUUUCUCGACUGUUUGCAAUGUCAAAAAUCAUUGGAACUAAUGGGUUGGCAAAAAAUGGGUGGAGAACAGAUAUUGCAACAGUAUGAAAAGAAAAAAUUACAAAUAUUACAAAAUACUAAUAAUUAUAAUUAUAAUAACAAUAAAAGUGAUAAUAAUAAUAUGACAACAUUUGGUUGUGAAGAUGACUAUGCUCAAAAAGAUUUUGAAUUGGAAAAUGGUAAUAAAACGAGAUCGGCCUCCUUAAAUUCGGAAAAUUCUAUAGGCAGUUUUGGAUAUUUUAAUAACAACAACAGCAACCACAAUAAUAAAGCCCAUGAUUUAGAUAUAAAUUUACAUUUAAGAACACAUAAUUGCAAUAACGCCCCUAAUGUGGGUGAAAAAAUGCUGCCAGGAGAAAAUUGUUUUAUACACGGCAUGCCAAAUACUUUGUGGUGUCAAACCUGCCUAACGGUUUUAUGUAGAGGCUGCAAUGCUGGCACAGAGCAUAAAGAUCAUAAAAUAGAAAAUCAAUUGGAGGCCAAAGAAUUCUAUCAGAAUCGUGUCCAACAGGAAUUUAUACAAAUACAAGUUAGUGUAGAGGAAAUGGAAAAUUUAAAACAUCUACAGAAGGGUUUUCUUUUAAAACUCCUAGAAACUUGUUGCACUUUAAAGUUACAAAUAGAACAUGAACUGGUUAUUAACUCUAGUACUGGGGAUAUAGAUGAAAUGAAGGAUACCAUGAAAAAUUUACAAUUAUGUUUCGGUUUGCUGGGCAAACAGACCCCCCAUGAGAUAUUGAAACUCUAUAAAGUGAUCAAAGAUGAAAAUUGUAAAUUUAAAUUGAAACACAAGCAAAUGUUGCAGCAAUGUAAAAUGCAACAAUUAUUAAGUAAAAGUCAAAGAAUCUUAGAUUUUGAUUUGUUAAAAGAGAUUUUACAAAAAAUCGACUCCUCUAACUCUGCACCAGGAGACUUGAAUAAAUUAUCCGAGAAUUGGUUUAAUGAAACGGAAGCUAACAGCCGUGAGAGUAAUUCUAUAAUGAUUUUAACCAACUAUUGCAUUUAUCGUUUAUACAUGUCCUAUAUGCGUCAGCAGCAGCAAUUCAUUGAGCAGCAAUUUAUGCGUUAUCAACAGUAUCAUCAAGAGCAGAAACAAAAUUUAAUUAAACAAUUUAAAAUGUUGCAGCAACAUUCAGCAGCAGCAUUGGCCUCUCAACAACAAGACUCAAUGGCCUGUAGCAACAACAACAACACCGCCACCACCACCAAUGAAUUUACCACCUUUUUUAGCCAGGAUAAGGAUAAACCAAAAACUUAUGCUGAAAUUGCCACCAUACAAAAUGCCCACCAAUUUGACUCUAAUGAAAACUCGAAUGGUUUUGAUCUGAUAACCACCACCUCUAAUAAUUUUCAACCGUAUAAGAAACCCUUAACCAAGUCCUAUGAAGAACCGCGUAAAACUGUUCAACUUCUUUUCAAUCCCAUCAAUAAUGAAAAUAAUCAAAUUUAUUUUUUCGAUUUCGAACGUAAUGGCCUGCCUAUGGGUCGGGUUUUAAUUAAGGUUUUUGCUGAUAUAGCUCCCAAAAUGUCUUAUAAUUUUCAUGCUUUGGCCACCCAUGAAAAGGGUUUCGGUUAUAGUGGUUGUAAAGUAUUUGAAUGUCAUCCUAAUGAAAGCAUUAUUACCGGAGAUAUCGAACAAAAUACCGGCUAUAGUAGUCGUUCUAUAUAUGAAGAUGUACAAUUUAUACCAGACGAUACAAAUAUAACACCAUUUCCUGGUGCUGUUGGUAUGCGUAGGGCUAAGAAAAAAUUCGAUUCUCAAGGUUUAGUGGGUUCACAAUUUCGUAUUAUUCUAACCGAGUUGGGUUUUACCGCCAUUUUUGCUUGUGUUAUAGAGGGUUUGGAGGUGGUAAAGAAAAUCUCUCAAACUUUAGUACAAAAUGAUAAAAUACAUGGCACGGGAUGUGUUGCUGGUGCUGCGGGAUCCAAUGGUUCUCUAAAUAAUGUUAAUAAUAUUAAUGGUUCUGCUACUGUGGCGGGUAUAUUUAUAGCUCAAUGUGGUCUAUACGAAUUUGUUAAACGUGAUAUAAUGUGUGGGAUUUAAAGUGAAUUUGGAAUUUGGUGUAGUUUCAACUAGAAUUUUAUUUAUUUGAUAGUAAUCUAGAGUUAUGGAAAUAAGACUUUCAGAACUUGUGGUCCAAGAAGCAAGAAAAGUAAAUUUAAUUUAAAAACAAGUUGUAAGCAAUUUGGCCAA